UUCCCCGCAGUUACUUCCAGCUUUGUGUUGUCUCUUCUGUCUCAGUCAUGGCAGCUCUUUGAUAGGAUAACCAAGUCCCAAGGGAAGACAAAGCAGUCACAUCCCUCGGUCCCCUGCCGUCUUUGUCUGCAACACUUGUCCAUGGAAUUCUCCCUUUCAAUAGCCGUCCGUCUCCAGGGUUCGAUUGACCAAUCUCGAUGAUGACGGUAUCGCAGCUCCCUAGGUGGACUCUUUGUCCUGCUGUUUCUUUGUGGCCGACGCCCUUCGGACACAGGCAAACGGCACGGUUUUCAAAAAAGGAUCGGAUGCCAUAUAAUAAUCAGCAGAAUGUGUUCUCAAUCCCCUGGCCGUGCAAAUCGUAUCGUUCACUCACAAGUUGCUAAGAACCAGUUGACUAUCUUUGAACCAUCUGAUCACGCCGAAGUCAUCAUUUUGAUCACCAGGGUCCACCUCUUUCCCAAGUUCCUGGACCUUAUUAACAAUGACGGCCGUAAACCAAUUACCCCCUCAUCAAACGAUCAAACCCCCACCCUUCGCUCGAAGACCCGACUUGUAUGAUGAGAUAGAAUGGCGACCGCAUAUAAGUCCACCUGAUGCAAAGGUCGCAUACCGUUUCUGGAGCCUCCCAGACACGCUGCUUGGCCAAACAAUGGAUAAAAGGGAACGUUUCCUCCGUCCGAUAAUGGGAGAUAUGCAUCAACUGCAUGGACUAGCCAGAAAUGUCUACGACCAUUUGAUGGAGGAUCAUUUGCUGCCCCUCAUACCCAGCAAGUGGCAAGAGAAGUGGAACAAUGAUGGGCUGGAUCAAGCACACUGGUCUUUCGACGACAUUUUCAACAACCAAGGCUUUGAUAUGGGAGAUUCAAUGGAGGAUCCAGAUUUGGUGGAAGGAAGGGAAAUUGAUGGCCUAAAGGUUAUUGACCUGAAAAUGAUGCUCCACAGGCGGAAUCUCCCAACCGAGGGCAAAAUUAAAGACUUACGCCAACGCCUACGUGAUUACAAGAGAAGCGUAUAUCAGAAAUACCAGGUUCUACCCCGAAGUCGCCUCUCGGAUUGGGGCAUUCAAAGGGAUGAAGUGAGCCGCUACACCAUCACAAUCACGAACGAUGGUGGGAUUGGCCCUCUUGACAUGUACACUUGCGCCAUCCUCCUGAGUCCAUAUAACCCGACCUAUUGGCUGAGCCGCGCCUAUUGCCACUAUCAGCUAGCAUUCUUUGACCUUGCGGUUGGAGAUGCCUAUCGAGCACACCUCCUUUGUGAGGUGCUGGUUAACCCGCUACUCCGAAACCGUCAACCUGGGCUUUACACUCGGAUCUGGCAAGCCAUAGAGCAGCAUAUCAUAGCUGGGGGCCACAUGAUUGACCCUCAUACCUUCCAUGAGCUUGACUACAUGCGCAUGCCUAAUGGGAUAAAUUAUUUCGUCCCUACAAUGCGGAAGGCAAUCCAGAACAUCAUCAGUCUCGGCCUCGCAGCGCUCCAAAGUUGGGAUGACUAUAAGGUGAAAGAAAAGGAGCUUUUGCAGAGGAUAGUCAUGCCAGACCGCGACACAACUCCCUUUAAAGAGCGUUGGAGGGUCAUGAAGCAUGGCGUUCUCACACGCAAUCCCGCCUUGAGCGCAGAAAAUCCCAAUGUUUUUUUCUAUGAAAAGCGAUCCGGUAGCGCUCCGGGAGGCAGGAAGUAUCCGUAUGACGCAAAUGAUAAAGACCGGUCGACCAACGCCUUCACGGAUACGGCAACAAGAAACCUUGUCACUGAAAAUGAUAGUCUCCCUUGGAAAAGAUGCAGGGUUGGCGUCACCACCAUGCCUAACGGCGACCAGCUGGGCAUGUUUGCAACCACCCCUAUUGCAGCAGGAGAAAUCAUCUUUGUUGAAAUACCUUCGGUCAGAGGUCACCUGAGCCCCAAGACCCCAUUUCACCGAGAGACGAUCGCAACAACGGGCCCUAUUUCAUUGAGAUGUGACAACUGCAAAGCCGACAUCCCUCAUGCGGAUGCAGUGCGGUACUCCCAAGGACAUGGGACUCGUCGAGAAGUCUGCAAGUGUAUCACUGCGCCCAGCUGCCUCGCAUUCUGUCCCGAAGCAGACCCCAACGGGCCAACAUGCGCCGAGAACGCCCGGGAGAGGUAUCACUUCCGAGCGUGUGGAAAGGAUUGGGACUGGUUGCACGAUGCCAUGCGACUCAAUGAGGUAACAACUGGACCAGCAGGUUACGAAACAACAUAUUACUCACACACGAACGAACAACACACAACCAUCCUGAGCCUGCUUCUCCGAGAAGUAUUCGACAUCACGCUCCAUAGACGCCAAACCGACCCCCACCUCAUGGCGCACGAGGUCGACGAACUCCUCGUCUUAGAAAGCACCCAGAACUGGGAGAACCAAUCCUUCCCCUUCACCUUCUGCGCCAACAUCCAAGUCCCCUUCGACAUCCUCAUGCAGCUGGGUGUCGACAUAUUCAGCGACCUCACUUUCGACACCUGGGUAAUCCAGCUCAUCAUGCGAAAGCUAACCGUAAACGCCACACCCUGGGACCAUAUCCGCCGCAAGAAACAUAAAAUCAUCACCAAGAAAGACAUCCCUCCCGCCGCCAACCAACCCGGAAUGACCAGAGCCCAGUGGGAAAAACUCGAGCCCUCAUUCCACAACCUAUAUCUCUUCCCAGGCUUCAGCCUCUUCAACCACGCAUGCGGCUACACACAUUACAACGCCUUCUAUGGCUACGACCCCACCGUCCCCAACCGCAUGCUCGUGUGGGCAAGCCGCGCCAUUCAGCAAGACGAGGAGAUAUUCAUCCACUACUUCCACCCAAUGGAUGCAAAAGUGAAUAGGGAAAUGCUGACGCGCGAGAUCGGACAGAAGUGCUGUUGCCCGGGGAAUGACCAUUUGCCUACGUCAACGUUGACGGGCCAGCGGCGUUGUUUCACACAGUGACCGGGAUAGAAUCUAUCUAUCUAUCUAUCUAUCUAUCUAUCUAUCUAUCUAUAUCUGUAACCUGGGCGGUUACAGACUGACUGACUGGCAGAUUAACUUCGAUUGUUGUCGGGCUUGACUGUUUGUUAUCGAUCGGUAUUUGCUUUGCUUGAUACUUACUGCUUUGUUUGCCUCGCCUGUUGUCGUCGACUACCUAACUACUUAGGAUUCUUUCCUUUUUCUAUACUGAUAGACAUGCUUUGCUG